CGUACGGGCUGUUUAUGAGGGAGAGCGCAAUGGCAGCCUAGAGGAGAGAGCACAGGGUGUAGAACUAAUGCAGCGUUUAUUUAAUUUAACCUAUUUAUUUCAUCCUAUGCGUGUUUAAUAGUACUGUGGAUUAAUACGAACUUUAUGUAUAAUCUUUUAAACCGGCCGCUGGUGGAUUUUGUGAUUGUGUGUCUAUCGUGUCUGUGAGUGUCAGUGUUGACCCGCAUCACCUACAUUUAACAAGCUGGGCUCCACAUAUUUUGCGUAAACUUUGGCAGUCAUGGCUGUGUCCAGGGUGACACUCCAGACUCCAGCAGGAGUGUGUGGCCUGUUCAGGAGACAGCUUCUCCAGCCCAGCCUCUCACAUCCAACCAUCCUGAGCACCAGGAGUAUCUAUGGAGAAUACAAGAGACCAGGCCAGCCUCCAGACAAACGGUGGCCCUGGGAGAAGAUCCGCUUUGACUUCUCUAAAGGAGUUGAGGGUAUACAAAAGCACUUUGGUCUGCUGAAGGAUGAGUUUGUGGGCAGAUUGAGGGGGCCUGAGGGUCGGCCCUUAUUGGACCAUAUGCUGGAGCAGACACUGGUGCAAUGGGAGUUCCGGGGGCCAGAGUCUCUGGAUCAGUGGGUGGUGUCCUCAGACAAAGAAAUAGGGGGCCAGAGUGAAGCAUACCUGAAGCUGGGGAAAAAUAACACUACCUGCAUGCUGUACGGGACCCUGUGCUCGGUUCCACCUCGAGACGGGGAGACACGUUACAGUGGGUACUGCACACUGCGCUCCAAACAGACCCUGCUCUCAUUUGACAGGAAGAGGCAUUUUGAUUGGUCCACAUUCAACACCCUAUACAUUCGUUUCCGUGGAGAUGGGAGACCUUGGAUGAUUAACAUUUCAGCAGAGAUGUAUUUCUCCCACAACAAAAAUGACAUUUACAGUUACUUCCUGUACACCCGAGGGGGUCCGUACUGGCAGGAAGUCAAGAUUCCAUUUUCAAAGUUUUUUCUCUCAAGUCGAGGAAGAAUACAAGAUGACCAGCACUGUCUCUGGUUGGACAAGGUGAACAAUAUUGGCUUCACACUGGGAGACAAAGCUGAUGGCCCAUUUCAGUUGGAGAUUGACUUCAUUGCUCUGUGUAUUGACCGUGCUCACACUGAGGAGUUUGCAUAUGAAAAGUUUAAAAGGAACCCCGAGGUCCCCUAGGUGGCUGCAGGUGGACUCUCUACAAAAUAAACACCUUAAUUUAUUCAUUCAUAAGGACUGUUCAACUGAAACGUAAUGUAAUACACGUUUACUCUAUUAAAAAGCAGACAAUGUACAAAACAAAUCAUUUAAUAGCAAAUAAAAAGCAGAUUUUA